UUUUAAUAAAGCCUUCUUGGUUGGCUUUUCUUAAAACGCUUUGUUCUUUAUUUUGCGAAGCACCAAUUAUAUAUGUACACAUAACAAGGAAAAGUACUUUUAUGUCGUUUUGAAGGAAGCUAAUUAUUGAACGUUUUGGUAACCGAAAGUAUGGGUUGGUCUACUAUUGGCAGUUGUGUGGCAGCUUACUGUGUUAUAUGGAUGAACGCAAUCAUUUUUGCAGAUGCAGCACCAGGCACUGUGACAUGUACCAACGUCUAUUUGUCUGUACAGCUUCCCAGUGUAGCCCUGGCUUCAAAUCGGCUGUAUGUGUUGGAUCCAACAACCUCUUUGCCGAUCCUUCUGGAUCCAGAGUACGAGUUGAAAUGCUUUUACUCCGUGGAGUCUGUGGGGUCAUUUGUGCUGACGGCUCAGUAUUCUUCGUGUCAAGUGAAGAGAGUUGGAAAUGUCUACAGUCUUGGAGUGCUCAUCAGUUACUACUUGUCUGCUCAGAAUCGAUGGGUCAAUGCAACCUACAGAGUGUCCUGCAACCGGCCACUGGCUGACUUUAUUUCACUUCCAGAACAAUUGGGAAAGACCAACUGUACCACAAACUACAUGGAGAUGCCAAUUGGAAGUAUCUUUCCUUCUCCACAGGCCGUGAGUGUGCCAUCUUCUCCAGUAUGGACUGUUAAAAUCAAUACUGGUCGAUCCAUAUUGACCAUGUCUCUUAACCAAGCACGAGCCAAUGGAUACGAGUUUUUAAAUCCGGUCAGUGGGCUACUGGUUCGAGCACACUUCAAUGCCACUGGAGUUCAGAAGUUUGGGAGAUUUGCUCCAGAUAAGAUGCUGUAUUUCUCAGAUAUAACACUCAGUUCUACUAUACAAACACAAAGAAUUUUAAUCCACCUCUUAAUGGUUUGUAUCCCAGAUCCAGUAACUUGUAACCCAAAAAACCUGACCAUUGAAAUCCCCGUCUUCUAUGGAACCCUCGCCAGUCUGGCUAUUGGGACCCGUCAAUAUCCUCUGUCUAUGAAGAAUAACUUCACGGUUGUUAAAACGCCCUAUUCCUUGGCAGUCACGGUGCCAAUGCAGUACUUUUUGGAACCGGGGACACAGUGUCCCGCUAUUGGCAUGUUGAGUAUACCAGCUACCAAACUGACCUUCCAAAUGAGAGGCUUCCUGAUCUUCAUGACAUUUCUGCCUUUGUGUGCUUGCACUCCUUUGACCCACAGAAAUGAAACCACAUGUAAUGAUGGCUACUUCACCUUUCAAGUGAAUGCUGAUUUCACCCAGCCAGCUCUGAAUCUGAGCACCAUUCAUCUGAGAGACCCUUCAUGCCACCCUCUUGUAGUGACUCCAGCCUGGCUCCUGUACAAGUUUCCACUAAGCAGCUGUGGCACAACAUUCAAGGUACUUGGUGACCAGCUAGUUUACGUGAAUGAGGUGAGAUCACUGAUUGCUGACAGACCACUUGGAGUCAUCACAAGGGACAGUGAGUUCAAGCUGACUGUGGAAUGCUACCAAAAUAAUGCAGCAGACACUGUUCUACUAGACACCCGGACCCUGGCUCCACCAUCUCCUGCUUCAAAUAAAGGGAAUCUGCAACUGGUGCUUCGUGCUUACCCAGAUGGACAGUAUAGCUCCCCCUUCACGGUCCAGGACUAUCCUGUUGUGAAGAACCUCCGGGCCCCCAUUUACCUGGAGGUGCAAGUUCUGAACAGACUGGACCCCAACAUUGAGCUUGUACUGGAGAACUGCUGGGCCACUGCCCACCCUGAUCCAAACUCCCGGCCUAGUUGGUCUGUCAUCACUGCCGGCUGUGCUUAUUCAGGAGACGACUACCCAACAGUGAUGCAUCCAAUGUCAGGCUUCACUGGAAUCCGGUUUCCAAGCCACUACAAGAGGUUUGACGUAAAAGCCUUUGCCUUUGUAUCUAAAGACACUCCCUUGGGUAAUUCGGUGUACUUCCAUUGCACUGCUCUGAUAUGUGAUCAACAGCAUCCAGAUUCAGCCUACUGCACAGAGGGGUGCCAGAAUAGAGCUGCCCCCCUUGGUGCUAAGGAAGGCUUCCACAGAGUGCAGGCGUCCUAUCCUGAUGUCGGAGCAGCUCAUGCCAGUCUGCCUGGCUCAUUUAUGGUACAAAAGCAGUUUUUCAGGAGAGGUGGCAAUCACUAAAUCCAAGGCUACUGCAGACGAAUGGAGGAAUUCUGAUGUAUCAUGUGAGAGUAUGGGACUUGUGUAUGUACAAUAAAUUCUGUAUGGACUUAAA